AUGACCGCUCAUCAAUUCUUAUCGAACAGUCUAUUCGACUGUUUCGACUUCCACAACAUCGAGCAUAUCGACCCUAAAAGCCGCCGAGGAAUCGCCAAUCGCCUUCAACUCGUGCACCUCUGGUUUCUCAAUGCAGUCGACUACGAACACCGAGUCGAGUACGAUGCUGCCUUACGCACAAGUCUCCGCCAAUGGGCCGAAGAAGAGAUCCGUCCGCUCGUGCAAACCGACGAAGACGGGUUCACGGGGCUGAUUGAUUUCUCCGCCGAGGUAUCUGAGUACUUCUAUCCACUCGCGUCACACGACACCAAAGUGAAAGCGGCGAUGGGGUGCGUAGCGGCGUUCACCAUCGACGACGCGUCGCUGGACUCGAGCGUCAAGGACAUGGAGGACUUUGCGCUGAACAUCUGGAAAGGCUCGCCGCCGAAGAACAAAUGGUGUGCGAUGUUCAGUCGCUUCCUGAAGGUCUAUGCUGAGUACUUCAGUGCUCAUGAUCCUUGGGCCGGCAAUCUGGGGGCCGUGGCCUGGUCGAAUUACGUCGGGGCAUGUACGAUGGAAGAUCGAAUGACCCAGGCCUUGCCGUUCCACCUAGCAGAUCAUCCCUUGCCAAAGAACACAAAAUAUACCCCCGGUGGUGGUGGCAGCUGCAGUGUAAACUGCGCUGAGCAAUUCCCUGGAUACCUGCGCGAGCAAACAGGAUUCCCGGCAACAUGCUUACCAGCCCUUUUCAGAGUCUCGGACGAGCGAGAAGUCCCCGUCCGAUAUUGGAUCUCUGCCAUCCCGCACCUGAACCGAUUCAUCUGCACGGUGAACGACCUGCUCAGCUGCUCGAAGGAGACCCUGGCAGGUGAAAACGACAACUACGUGUCGCUGAUGACGCGGGCAAAACGACAAGGGGGCGCGAAAUCGCGAUUCGGGGCAUCCGGAGGACUGUGGACGUUCCGGGAUACCCUCUAUGAUUUACUGCAACUGAAAGUGGACACGAUAUUUUCUCUCGACAAGGCUUUCGUAGACUGUGCGGAGGAAUUCGCUCGGAGGAGAGAGGUGAAUGGACUGGCGAAUGAUCAUGGGGAGCCGGAGGAGAAGGAGGACACUGAGAACAUGCAGCUGGCGGCAGAUCGGUGGAUCGCCUUCAUACAUGGCACCAUUGCUUACUAUCUCAAUUGUCGACGGUACGAUUUGGGGUCUCUUGUAGCUAUAUGGCAAUGGUCUAAGGGGCACUGA